GUUUUACUCCAAAGUCUUUUUGUCUCUCGCGGGCCCCGCAGUGCGCCGCCCCCGCCCCAGCAGAAGCAACAGCAGCAGCAGCAGCAGCAGCAGCAGCAACGCGCCCAGCUGGUGCAGGCCCCUGGGGGGGGUUGCUGGGCUGGUUUCCCUUAUUGCAACUUCUCCUUAUUCUGUCCCCAAGUGGCUGCCAGAAACCAUCACAGCCCUCGCCCUCUACGCCAACUCCACGCAGCCAGACAACAUCCGGCGGGAAGUGGAGAAGUGCCUGCAGGAGUUUUUCAGAACUCACCAAGAGGGUUGGGACUUUUCCCACCGCGCGGCUUUCACUGACGACCAGCUCGACGCCCUCGACACCUACAAGGGCAGGCCCACCUACUUCGCCUAG